CUUUGUCGUCCUCGGCAGGCAUUAACGUUUGCAGCAGCGCAGUGCAGGACAUCACAGCGGGUCCACGUGCGGUGUCACCGGCUCUCCAGAGGCUUCCUGGCCCGGCCGGCCGGUUCGAGUACAAAGGAGCCCGGACCUGUGCUAGUUGCAGUUCACUCACUCCCACCCAAGCUCACUAGAACUCCCGCUUCGCUUCAGUCGCGAGAGGAGAUGAUCAGGUCCUCGCGCUGCGCUCGGCAGCAGGCGGCCGUGCUUCUGCUGCUGCUGCUCGUCGCAGCCACUUGGUGGCUCCAGGCCUGCGAUGCCGCUUCAGGGUUCUGCGCGGGCAAGUGCAGCGUGCGAUGCGGACGGGCGAGCGCCCAGGCGCGGGGCGCGUGCAUGAGGUCCUGCGGGAUGUGCUGCGAGGAGUGCAACUGCGUGCCGACGGGGGCGCGCGGCGGCAACGAGUGCCCCUGCUACCGCGACAUGCUCACCGCCGGCCCCAGGAAGAGGCCCAAGUGCCCCUGAACUGUUGACGAAUACUGAUCCAUCGGAGAUGAUGAGACGGGCGUACCUACUAGCUACCGGGUCAGGCUAUCAGAUACGCCUACACCCUACGCGUGCGCGUACGUAUUUAUGUAUAGCGUCCAUGUGAUAAUUUGCUACCUAUGUUUGUGAUCUUCUAGUAUUAGUAGUCUUUGCCUGUGGACAAUGUAUGUAGUAUGUAUGUAUGCCAAGCGUCGUGUCGAUCAAUCCCCCGUGGUGAUGAUUAGGCUGUGCCUGUAUUUAUACGUGUUUGUAGUGUGCAUGAAUAUGUGUUGUCAUGUACUCAUGUAAUGUACCUGUACGACUAAUGACAGUGAGAUUAUAGCCGUGCUACGUUCCA